CCUGAUUGCACUCCUCGCUGUGCUUUGUGUCAACAGGAAGGCGUGAAGGAGCACAGGGGGGAAGGGUUCCUGAAGAAGUUUUUGGAUUUCUUUGGGAAUGCUAAAAACUUCAGCUGUUAGACUUCUUUUUGCUCCCUAAAUCCUCCUAGAGGGAUAUCUUAAUUUUUUCCAUCCCUUUCCAGGUGGUUGUCCAACUUCUCCAGUCGUGCAGUUUCACCCACUGAAACCAGGCCAAGUUCUGUGGGGUGAAUGGUUAGCUUUGGACCAUGAUCUCCUUGUGGUUGUUCUUGUUCCCUUGCUUGAGCCUUGUAAGGGUGGUGCCAGCCGAAAAGGGCUUGGAGUUCCCUCAGUAUGACGGGAAGGACCGUGUUCUCGACAUCAAUGAUAAGAAUUACAAGAAGGCCCUGAAGAAGCACAGCAUGCUCUGCUUGUUCUACCAUGUGCCAGUACUGGAAAAUAAGGAGCAGCAGAAACAACACCAGAUGACUGAGCUGGUGCUGGAGCUUGUAGCUCAGGUAAUGGAGGAGAAGGACAUUGGGUUUGGAAUGGUUGACUCGCUCAAAGAUGCAAAAGUUGCAAAGAAACUAGGCUUGGAGGAGGAGGGAAGUGUAUAUGUUUUUAAAGAUGACAGAGUGAUCGAGUUUGAUGGGUUGCUGUCUGCUAACACUCUGGUGGAGUUUUUGUUGGAUCUUUUGGAGGAGCCAGUGGAGGUUGUAGAAAAUGCUUUGGAGCUUAAAGCCUUUGAUAGGAUGGAGGAGGAUAUCCGCAUCAUUGGUUACUUCAAGAGUGAAGACUCUGAACAUUAUGAAGCAUUUAAAGAAGCUGCAGAGCACUUUCAGCCCUACAUUAAGUUCUUCGCCACAUUUGAAAAAUCUGUGGCCAAGGAACUGACUCUGAAGCUGAAUGAGGUGGACUUCUAUGAGCCCUUCAUGGAUGAGCCCGUCACCAUCCCAGGAAGGCCUCACUCUGAGAAGGAGCUAGUGGAGUUCAUUACUGAACACAGACGACCAACACUACGAAAGCUACGUGCAGAAGACAUGUUUGAGACGUGGGAAGAUGACAUUGAGGGCAUCCACAUUGUGGCCUUUGCAGAGGAAGAGGACCCCGAUGGUUAUGAGUUCUUAGAGAUCCUGAAGGAGGUAGCCAGAGACAACACUCACCUUCCUGACCUCAGCAUCAUCUGGAUUGACCCUGAUGACUUCCCCCUGCUAAUUCCUUACUGGGAGAAGACCUUUAAGGUGGAUCUGUUCAGACCGCAGAUCGGAGUCGUCAAUGUUACAGAUGCGGACAGCAUAUGGCUGGAAAUGGAGGAUGAGGAGGACCUGCCCACGGCUCAGCAGCUGGAAGACUGGAUUGAAGAUGUCCUCUCUGGCAAAGUAAACACUGAAGACGAGGAUGAUGAUGAUGACAAUGAUGAUGAUGAGGAGGAGGAGGAGGAUGAAGACAAUGAGGAAGACAAUGAAGAGGAUGACAAUGAUGAUGAUGAUGACAAUGAGGAAGCGUAAUACAUUUCCUUGAAGUUGUUUCUUCCUCCAUCGAUCCUGUGGUACAUCAGACUAAAACAAUGACUGUAUGUCAUCCGCACCAGCUGAUCUUUUCAACUGAUUUUAACAUUUAAUAUUCAUGAACACAGUUUAUAAUUAUGUAAAUAACUCUGCAAUAGGGGUUGAAUUUAAGAUUUUAAAAAUAUGCUCAUGAAGGACGUGGCAACAAAUAUGCUGAAACUAUAAUAAUAUGACUGUUCAUAUUAAAUUAUGUUUAUGUCA